AUAUAUGUAAACCAAAUAUGCACGUGGUCAUGUGUACUGACUACAAAGAAACUGAAAAGGUCGCAUUGGUUGGGCCGAGAAGCAGCUGAGCCCAUCACAUUGGGAAAAGAGGUAUGGGCUUUUCUCAAAUGAUUUAGGUUAAGCCCAUUCUCAAAUUUGCUACCUACGUGCUGGGGACAUUCCCUCUUUUUCUCUCUAUCGUUGCCUCGAAUGCCUAAAAACCAGAUUCUCCCUUAACCCUAGUUUCGUUUCAAAAAUUCUUAAACUUUGAGUUUCUUUUAUUUAUAUUUAUAUGAAGACGGAGAGCACGAUAAAUUUAAUUCCAGCAGAGAAUAAUGAGAUCUAUCUCCGCAAAGAAGGACAUGGCUUGAAUGUUUUAUGAGCGCUGCAACCUUCUGAGGCCGGAGACCAAUAGAGUUUUUCCCCAGUUGUAUGCAUUUAUAGCUGAGAAUGGCAGAUGGAAUAUCAAGCUUUUGGGGUCCUGUCACAUCUACUAUUGAGUGUUGCGAGAAGAAUUAUGCCUACUCCUCCUAUAUCGCAGAAUUUUACAAUACCAUAUCAAAUAUCCCGACCAUUCUUUUAGCACUUGUUGGUCUUGUAAAUGCCUUAAGACAAAGGUUUGAGAAAAGAUUCGGUAUUCUUCACGUAUCUAAUAUGAUACUUGCCAUUGGAAGCAUGUUAUAUCAUGCCACAUUGCAACAUGUGCAACAACAAAGUGAUGAAACUCCUAUGGUAUGGGAGAUGCUUCUCUAUAUGUACAUCCUGUACUCACCAGAUUGGCACUAUCGCAGCACGAUGCCCACUUUCCUUUUUCUCUAUGGUGCUGUUUUUGCUGUUGUUCAUUCUGUCAUUCGCUUUGGCAUUGGCUUCAAGGUGCAUCAUGUGAUUCUCUGCCUUCUCUGUAUCCCACGAAUGUAUAAGUACUACAUUCACACCCAAGAUGGCCCUGCUAAGCGGCUUGCAAAAUUGUAUGUGGCUACUCUUUCCCUAGGUAGUUUAUGCUGGUUCUGCGAUCGUGUAUUCUGCAAACAGAUAUCGAGUUGGCCAAUCAACCCUCAGGGUCAUGCCCUAUGGCAUCUCUUAAUGGGUUUCAGUUGCUACUUUGCAAACACGUUUUUAAUGUUCUGUCGUGCUCAGCAGCGGGGAUGGGCCCCAAAAGUUGUUUAUUUUAUGGGCGGUCUCCCAUAUGUGAAGAUUGAGAAACCAAAAUCACAAUGAUCAACUGAGGGAACUCUGAAAUAUAGUUUUUCUUUCCCAUAAUCGGAGGUAGGCAAGAAAAGUAAUGAAAAGGUGAGUCUAAAUUUUUUGUUCAUCUGAAUGGAUCCAAAAGAUGAUUAAUCAUUGAUGUUGUUCAUCGGGAUGUCAUUCAGAUUUGCUUCGUAAAAGUAGAUGUACCAUAUUUAAAGCUAUUGUUUGAUGUGUCUUAAUAGUUAGGUUUGUUUUUUGGAAUGGCAAUGCUGAGAUAAAUUUGCCUCUGGACGCCAGGCAAAUUAUGAAUUUUGGUUAUGUUAAAUUCUCUCUUUUACUUAGUACUAAAAUUUUGGUGGCUCUUGCAUCCAGCCAUG